UGGGGGUGCUUCUCUCUGUGUCCCAAACAAAGUGUCACAAAGAGCUCGGCCCGCGGCAGCCGCGGAGGCGGCUGUAACUCUGCUUUUGUUCUCCUGGCCCGGGGUAGCUGAGCUCUGGGCUCCCUAUGUCCCAACCCUGCCCCCAUCGUCCUCCUGGAUUAUUUUCCGCGGGUGGAGUGUGGGGUGUGCCGGUGGAGCCCCUCGUGCGAGAGCACACAGGUCCUGCUCUGCCUACCAGUUUUCUAGAGGGAUAUUCUCCCAGAGGGUCUCCCACCCACCUCCCAGCCUGAGAACUCAGGCUCUUACAGGCACUAACACUGACUUUUUUUAAGGGCCAGUUCUAGUUAGAGGGAUUUAAGGCUGUAGAUAUGCCGUCUGUCUCCCACCCCCCUCUGCCCCAGCCCGGGCUCCUCAGAACUUUCAGAAUCGGGGUCAAGUUAGGACAUGCUAGAACUUGGGUCUGGGAGAAGAUUGUGUGCGGGGGUUGUGCCUCCCUCUCACCUCUCGAUAGUUAUUUGGGAGCCCAUGACUGAAAUUUCAUGCCCCCCUAUCCCUUUUCCAAGAACUCUAAAAGGUGUCGAGGUUCAGUGUAGCAUGUAUUUGAAGCAGCUUUCAGAGCAGUGGGGUUCAGAGAGCCACGAAGAGAACGUAAAGUGAGUUGUUGGUCUGUGUGUGUUCUCCGGGUGGUCCUGACUCCACACAGUCUAAUAGCCCCUUUCGAUUUAAUCUCAUCUGUCGAAGUGGCUCAUAUUCAUUAGCUGAUUUAGGAGAGGGGAAAUUGCUGACAAGGAAAAAAAUUCAUGUGUUGGGGAUGACCAGGGGCAGAGGCCUACUUACAUACAGCUAGGCCCCAGAGACCCUAAUCCUUUGCUACUGAACACUUGACCUUAAAACAUUUUGAAUCACAAGAUUUGGGGUGGGGGAAUCUUCUUGGUCCUUGAUUUAGCUGAUUCUUCUGUAAGUCUGUCACCACCAUCCUCCGUAGGAUUUGGGGGUCCUACCUUUCCGCAUCAGCUCUCCUAGCGUGUAAAAGUAAUUGGCCUGUUGCUUUGGAAAUACUUCUCAUGCGUACCGCUGGUCCUGCGUCCUGCAAAGAUACACACAGGAGCAAGAUCACCCCUGAUUCCCCCUGGGUCUGGAAAGUAGGUCACUGAUACUCCCUGGCCCGGGCUCAGGGGUGGUGUUUAAGCCUUGAGUGUAGAAAAAUGCGAGGCUUGUCCACAGACAAUACAUGUCUGACUUAGGUUGCAAACCAGGUCACACUCUGUCUCUGUUGGUGCCCUCCCCUAUCGAGAGCAAUUUAUGAGAUCCGGUGCCUGAGACCUGGUUUGAUGGAGAUGACGGAAGCCAUCUUGACUGGGCCUCGGAGGUCUCGGUGGAUUUUACUGAUUUCAGGCCACCUUCUGGGAAACUUCCCCUGAGGAGAAAUUCAACUUCCAUCUGGGCCUUCUUGUGUGCCACUGCUCCAUCCUGGGAACUGCUUCCCAUCCUGGGAACUGCUUCCCAUCCUGGGAACUGCUUCUGCAGUGUGGUUGGUGUUGCUCGGGGGAGGAGGAGGAAGCUGUGCCCUGCUUCUGCUCCUUUUGCCUCAGAUAUAAGCCGUUUUCCUAGGAGACAUUUUGUUUAGUGUUUUACAGGCAUUAUUCUAGGGCCUAGUGUCUUCUCAGGAUCAGAAUAUGCGCCCAUAGGUUAGUCAGCUAUGACCAUGCAAUAUUCACACACACACACACACACACACACACACACACACACACACACACACACACACACACCCACCCUCCCAGCCAUCUGCUUCCUCUGAAUAUACCAGAUUGGCUGUACACCAGGAUGUUCCGGGAAUCCCCAGGAAAGCAACAGAAUGUGAUGGACUCAAAUACGAUACCUCAGUAACCCAUUCCAGGAUGUACAAACUGUAACUGUUAUGACAGUCUGUAUAGCUAAUUAAAAUUUUUCUAGGUAUGUGCAUUUUCUAUUCUAUUUUCAGUGGCAUCCAAAAGGCCACAGUAAUUCCCCUGAUACCCCUCCAUGGUUUCUCUGAUACUCCAUACUUCCCAAAUAGGAUUUUUUUUUUCUCAUCCACUAGUUUCUGUGUCCUCUCUUUGGUGGGCACACUGCCUCUCUAACACGGCCCAGUUGUGUCUGUGAUUCUGAGGUGGCCAAAGUGGUGUGUCUGGUAGCCCACUGCACUCUCCAUGGUACUGAAGGAGUGGCUAUUUGUUUUAACAUUUCUUGGGGGCCAGAAAGAGUGUUGUGACUUAAAACCACACAACUUUCAAGUUGGCAGGGACUACAAAUGUAAAUUUAUUGAAAUUCAUUUCAUAGACGGUAAACUGAGAGAUGAGGUGACUUAUUCAUGGCUGUAAGACAGACGUACAAUGGCCUUGUACCCCUUAGUAUCUAACUCACCUUCAUGCAACUUUGAGUGAGGCUGGUCAGGCUGUUGGUCCCAGGAAAGGGUUUAUUUGGAGGCUCCAUAGGACAAGAGUGGAUGCCUGGAUUUGGAGCUGCAGAAACACACAUGUUAAGAAGUGGUCGUCUAGAGAUGCUUGGGCAGGACAUUUUGUUAAUUUGUCUGUUAAUGCUCCAAGGUCAGAUUCCGCAUGUAACAGGUGUCUGCCCCUCCGUAGAGUCUUGCCACUCCGCUCAGUGCUGAAAAUUAAUGCAGCUUUGAAGCCCCAGAGUUGUCUUUGCUGAUAAGCAGGGCUAACUCCUGGCCCAGUUUGCUUCAAUUAAAGAUUUGUAAGCAAAGUAAGGCUUGAGUUCUUUUCUUUCCUAGUAACCCAUUUCAGUUACAUAAUUCUCAGAUAUUAUGUCUGAGGUUAAAUUAAAGCUAGGCCCAAGUUCAUCUGGGCUGAACAAGAUACAGUUCUGUAUGGAAGGAGGAAGGUAGUUAUGACUUCUGGCCAUCCACUGAAGUCUAAUUCCUGACCCUGUCAGCCAUGAAAUGGCAGGAGAACCUCCCCCUCACCAUCCUCUCCCUCAACUCUCCUCUUCCCUGCCCUGUGCAGCACUUGUCAGGGAUAGGGAAUUUUAGAUGGAGAAUUUUAACCCCUUCCUUCUCAGAGUAUGUGUGGAUCCCCCUAUCUGUGCAGAUGGCAAGGCCCCGCCCCCCGUCCCUCACUCCAGCCUCUUGAGCUCAGAGCCAGUGUAAUCCUCCUCUUGUGUGAGGAAGCCUCUCCCCUGCAGAGAGGAGGAAAGCCUGCCUCGGAACAGCUCUGGACAAAGGGGCUGAGAUGCCCCAUCAAACCACAGGCUCCAAGGUUUGAAACGGGGUGAAACCUAAAUGGGAUUUGCAGUUUAAACCCCUUGCCUAGGCUGGUAGUGCCCCUUAACUUCCACGCCUCCCCCAACUCUCUUCAUUCCCUCUGUAGCUGGCUCUCCCUCCAUGCCCCUCCCCCUCUGUCUCCAGACUCUGCUGCUGGGAGGUGUUUCUCUCCCAUGCAUGAAUGAGUCUCUGUAAUGAAUGGAAAUGAAUGGAUCAGGAAUCCAGGAAGGGGGAGGGGGAGGAGGAAAGACCAGAAGACUGGGUGCCGGCAGAAGCUAGGAGGAGGAACCUGGAGGGAUUUUGGCCGGCUGGCCCCCGGUCUGAGAGGAGCUGGUACCACUUGGAUAAUAGGAGUAUGGCUAGCCCUCCGCAUUUGUUUAUCCAGUGGCACAGCCCUGUGCGAGUGGAAGAGGGGUAUACUAUGAUGGCCUCCCACAUCGUGUGUGUGCUGGGGGGUGAUGGUGGUUCUGGACUAGGUGUUUGAAACAUCAUUUGGGGGCGGAGCUCUGGGUUUGUCAUACAGAUUGGCAGAUCAAGGGGUGCAAGUUUUGAAGACAGCAAAUAGGAAGCAUGUGAUACCUCAAGAUCCACGUAGGAAGAAGGGCUGGGUUUUAAGAAUACAGGCUGCAAAGUGGGGUGACUUUACUGCUGAGAGCCAGGGCUCAUCUUUCCUCCAAUCAAUCUGUCUUGUUUUAGCACCUCCGCACCUGUUGCCUCCAUUAGCAGCUUUCCUUCCUCCUCCUUCCAAUCCUCAGAACCAAAGAAUGUGAAGGGGGUCCAUGGAGGGCUCACGUCCCCGCAUCUUGGUCGGCCACCUAGAGCCUUCCCCGCCAGCUUUCGACGGCGAACUGGAUCUGCAGCACUACUCCAACGGACCAGGUGUGAGCGCCGGGUCUCCUGGGAUGGGAGCAGUGGGCUGGUCUGAGACUCGUGCAGGUGAACGGCGAUUCCCCUGUCCUGUGUGCGGAAAGCGCUUCCGGUUCAAUUCCAUCCUGGCUUUGCACCUGCGAGCACACCCGGGCGCCCAAGCCUUCCAGUGCCCACACUGUGGCCACCGAGCAGCUCAGCGGGCUCUGCUUCGCUCACAUCUUCGAACGCACCAGCCCGAGCGCCCACGAAGCCCUGCUGCACGGCUGUUGCUGGAGUUGGAGGAACGCGCCCUGCUCCGUGAAGCCCAACUGGGGAGAGCCAGAAGCUCAGGGGGCAUGCAGGCCACCCCUGCUGCAGAGGGCCUGGCGCGCCCUCAGGUUCCUUCCUCGUCUGCCUUCCGUUGCCCUUUCUGCAAAGGCAAGUUUCGCACCUCCGCGGAGCGGGAACGACACCUGCAUAUCCUGCAUAGGCCCUGGAAGUGCAGCUUGUGCAGUUUUGGUUCCAGCCAGGAGGAGGAGUUGCUGCAUCACAGUCUGACGGCCCAUGGGGCUCCCGAGCGCCCCCUGGCGGCUACUUCUACACCCGAUCCCCAGCCUCCACCCCAGCCAGAACCCAGAUCUGCCCUUGAGCCUGAGCCAGAGCCUGAACCUAGGCCAGAGCCUGAACGGGAGGCAAACCCUACCCCGACUCCUGCACCUCCGGAGGAACCCCCGGCGCCACCUGAGUUCCGUUGCCAGGUGUGCGGCCAGAGCUUCACACAGUCCUGGUUUCUCAAGGGUCACAUGCGCAAGCACAAGGCCUCCUUUGAUCAUGCAUGCCCUGUGUGUGGCCGCUGCUUCAAGGAGCCCUGGUUCCUUAAGAACCACAUGAAGGUGCACACCAGCAAGCUGGGUCCUUUGCGUGCCCCGGGGCCUGGCUCUACUCCUGCCAGGGCCCCUCAGCCUCCUGACCUGAGCCUGUUGGCUUAUGAGCCACUAGGCCCUGCGCUUCUCCUGGCCCCAGCGCCCACCCCAGCUGAGCGCCGAGAGCCCCCAAGCCUCUUAGGCUACCUGAGUGUGCGAGCUGGGGAAGUACGACCCAAUGGUGAGGGUGCUGACCCUGGAGCUGGCCGAAGCUAUGGGGGAUUCCGCCCGCUGCCUUCAGCUCUUCCCAAUCGGGCUCGGCGGCACCGUACAGACGAACCGGAGGAGGAAGAAGAGGUGGUAGAGGCAGAAGAGGAGAGCUGGGCCCGGGGCAGGUCGUUGGGCACUCUGACUUCCCUGCACCCCCACGCAGGUGAGGGGUCAGGACAGUCUGCACCUGCCGUGGGGGCCCAGGCAAGAUCUACGGCCACCCAAGAAGAAAAUGGGCUGCUGGUUGGAGGGACCCGAUCCGAAGCGGGCCGUGGGGCCACUGGCAAGGACUGCCCCUUCUGUGGAAAGUCUUUCCGCUCGGCACAUCACCUGAAAGUGCAUCUUCGCGUGCACACAGGUGAGCGUCCCUACAAGUGUCCACAUUGCGACUAUGCAGGCACCCAGUCGGGCUCGCUCAAGUAUCACCUUCAGCGUCACCACCGAGAGCAGAGGAGCAGUGCAGGUCCUGGACCUCCUCCAGAACCCCCGCCCCCUUCCCCGAGGGGCUCAGCGUCACUGCAGCCGCAGUCGGGAGCCAAACCAACUCAGGCCUCUGCCACCUGGGUGGAGGGCGCUGCGAGUACCAGGCCUCUUUCGAGCAGCACCGGACCAGGGUCCCGAAGAAAGUCUGCUAGCCCUGGGAGGACCCUGCGUAACGGGAGAGGUGGUGAGGCCGAGCCCCUGGACCUGUCCCUGCGGGCGGGCCCAGGAGGUGAGGCCGGGUCAGGGGGUGCCCUUCACCGCUGCCUCUUCUGCCCCUUUGCCACUGGAGCUCCUGAGCUCAUGACCUUGCAUCUGCAAGUACACCACAGCCGUCGAGCCCGGGGCCGCCGGCAGCCCCGAGCUGACACAUCUCCACCCUAUGUCCGAGCACCGUCAGGAGAGACACCUCCCAGCCCUCCACUAGAAGAGGAGGGCAGCCCAGGGCUGUCUAGAUCUGGAGAGGCAGGUCUUGGGGGGCAAGAACGGUAGUAGUGCCCUCUUAGGGGUGAUUAGCUUAGUAAGCUUACCCCGCAGGAGCGGGGAAGCGCUAGAGGUAGUUGGGUAGAGCAGCCAGCAGGGAGCAGUGUGGGACCCGUACCCCAGCCCAAGGUGGACCAAGAGGUAAAGAGGGCAGUGGGUGAAGGAGUGUGGGCAGGCAGUAUCCACCCAGCCCAGGGGAGUCACAGUGCCUUAGAAGUGGCAGAGGUGAGGGUCAGAGAACGGGGUCCUAGGGCUGGUAGAGGAUGCGCUCCUGCUGAGGAGCCGCCCUGCCAGCCUCUGCUGGUCCAUAGGCUCGAGAGUUUAUUUUUGUAUAAGGGGUGGGGGUGGGGGGCACUGUACCCUUCUAGCCCUGUCAGGGGCCCUGUAGACGUUGCUAUUUUUGGUACGAUUCCUGUCAUCCCUGUUGAAGAGUCAUGUCCCCAAUAAACAGGUGUCUUGAGGUA